AGCAGAUGCCAUAAAUACAUAGCAGAUGCAUUAGCUCUUUUACUUCACAACUGAAACACCCCAAAUUAAGUUUCUAAUGGCUCUUCCUGACCUGAUUGCCUCCCUGCAGCCUUUCCUUCUUGUUCUCCUACUCCUCCUUGUUUUACUCAUCGCAAGAAGAAACAAGACCAGUCCAUCACUAAAACUUCCCCCGGGCCCUCCCACGCUCCCAUUAAUCGGCAACCUCCACCAGUUAGGGAGUGUCCCCCACCGCUCCCUCUCUCGGCUCUCGCAGCGAUACGGCCCCCUCAUGCGCCUAAAACUCGGCAGCAGGCCGACCAUCGUGGUCUCCUCUGCCAACAUGGCCCAGGAGAUCCUAAAGACGCACGAUCUGGAGUCCUGCAGCCGACCAUCCCUGACCUCGUAUACAAAGCUCUCCUACGCUUCCGCGGACAUCGCCUUCGCGGCGUACGGAGAGUACUGGAGAGAGCUCCGAAGAAUUUUCAUCAUUGAACUUCUCAGUGCCAAGAAGGUUGCCUCCUUUCGAUCCAUUAGAGAAGAAGAGGUGGAAAGAACUAUGAGCUCGAUAUCCUCUUAUUCUAGCAGUUCUCUCCCCGUCGAUUUGAGCAAAGAACUGAUCGCGCUCACGAGCACAAUCACUUGUCGCAUGGCUUUCGGAAGGAGCUACUGUGACAUCGGCAGCAGGUUUCAGAUGAUUCUGAACGAAGCGCAAGCCAUGCUCGGGGGAUUUUUCAUCGCGGACUACUUUCCUAUCAUUGGAUGGGCCGACUGGCUCACAGGGAUGCGAGCGAGGCUCGAGAAGAACUUUACGGAUCUUGAUCGGUUCUACCAACAAGUCAUCGACGAGCAUCUCAAUACAGGGCAGCAGCAGCAGCAGCAGCAGCAGCAGUGUGACUCUGGUGAAGACUUCGUGCAUAUAUUACUGCGCAUGCAAAAGGAGGAGAAGAGUCUAACUGCAGACAAGAUCAAAGCAGCCCUUAUGGAUGUUUUCAUUGGUGGGAGCGAUACGUCGUCAGCCACUGUGGUAUGGUCGAUGACGGAGCUAAUGAGGCACCCACAAGCGAUGAAAAAAGUUCAAGAAGAAGUAAGAAGCGUCGUCCGGGGAAAAGAAAAGGUAAAGGAGAGCGACAUCGACAAACUACGCUACCUCAAGUGCGUUGUGAAGGAGACCUUGCGGUUGCACCCGGUGGCUCCCUUGCUGAUCCCUAGAGAAACGUUGCAGCAUUUCAAAAUCGACGGCUAUGACGUCCCGCCCAAUACAAUGAUAUACAUCAAUGCUUGGGCGAUUGGAAGGGACGGGAGUUACUGGGAAUCGCCGGAGGCAUUCAAGCCAGAGAGGUUCACGCAUAGUUUGGAUCUCGAGUUCGCGGGAAAGGACUUCAAUUUGAUACCAUUUGGGGAAGGUCGCAGGAUCUGCCCCGGGAAGAACCUCGGGAUAAAAACGGUGGAGAUCAUGCUCGCCAACCUUCUUUACUCCUUCGACUGGGAACUUCCAACGGGAAUGACGAGGGAGGAUAUCAACAUGGAUGAGGCGCCGGGUGUUGCUGUGCACAAAAGACAUGCUCUCCGCCUUCUCGCCACUAGAUAUAGCAGCAUCAAUAGCUAAAAUAUAUACAUAAAUACACCACUGUGCAUCUAUGUAUCAUCUCUCGACAAUCUACCUAUAUUUAUUAUGUAUUUUACUAGCUAUCUUAUGUGUACAAUUUGCAAAUCAUAUGCUUAUACCUCACAACUUCUCAGGAGUACAAAAAUUAAUUUAUCAAUAUUUAAGAAUUGGGUA